AUGGAUGUUGCAGACAGGCCAGCUAUGUCAGACAAAGGAACCAAAAGCGGUGAUGUGGGUGGAAGGCGGUCACCACUUUCUGUCGGCGCAAUCUUCGCCUCGACAACAACUUCCUUGAACAACCGCGAUGCAAUUCCAGAUCCUACUCCAUCCGCAAUUGCGGGCCUCAAUUCCAAAAUGUGCGCAGAGGAAUCUGUGCAGACGGCUCGUCACUCGUCCAAAGAGUCCGACCCAUCAUCUGCACCUUCAAGGGCCGCAGCGGUCAGAAAGGGACAACCCGAGAGACUAUUGGUCUACUAUGGAGGGACCGGCCGGGCCAUGUUCCUCGGAGUGCUUCGCGUCACCACGAUCCUCCUCUUCGGAGCAGCCUGUUUAAUCGUGGCCCCGGCUUGCCACGAGUCAGAUUAUCCCUGGUAUACCACGCCAGCAGUCAUCGCGGGUGGUACAUUACCCAUGCUGUUCGUUGCAUACACCUCAGCGCCCUACGUCAACUUCAUCCACCUGGCAUUACCUGCGUUUGCACGCAGAACCCGGGAAACAGCAUUCCAAUACGCUAAGGAUCUGCCACCCACAGCUAUCUUGUAUAUCAACACGAUGAGAUUCAACACCAUCCCGCGACAGACAUCAGUCCGUGUUGGGGACCUCAUCCCAGACCACGAUCCGAUUCGGCCUGUUGCCUUUCGAAAUCUCUGCCCGGCUCCACGUCCAUGGUGGGCAGGGCGAUCUCCUACGCAGUUCUUCACGGCCGAGAAAAGUCAGCCGGGGAGGCAGUCUUCGGUCUUCUAUCCUGAGUUGUGGCCGCAUAUAUAUCGGCGCAUCAUGGGCAAUAAGCGUCCGCCAUCAAAAGUCUAA